AUGGCAAGCGGGCAGUCGGUGUUCAAGGGUGCGCUAGGCUGGGAUGACUGGAUCUGGUGGGUGGCUAUCGGCUGCGUGGCGCUGCUCAUCCUCUUGCUGCUGGUUUGCUGCUGCGUCUGCAUGCAGCGCGCCAAGCGCAAAGGGCACGAGGAGGCCAUCGCGGCCGUACAGGCGCAUCAACGUCUCACACAGGAGCGCGAACGCGCGGAGCACGAGCAAUAUCAGCGUUACCAACAGGCCCAACAAGUAAACGGGUCGGCCAACGGUUACCAACCGCCGGCUUACGGCUACUCGAAACAAGUCACCGCCGUGCCAUUGGCACCUCCUCCGAACCGCAAAAACCUCGGGCCACAGGUGGCUGCCAAUGGCUAUCGCGAGAACUCGUCUCAGCUUCACAACCAGCAAUUUGCCAAGCCAUAUCCUCCGCUCCCGGCGCAACAGGAGGCCGGUCAGGCACCGAACCAGGAGCGUCAGUACCAAGCCCCGGCAAAAUGGUACAAUGCCGGCAAGGGACAGAGUCGUAGUCCACUGAGUCAUGGCUACGAAGCCAAUGCACCCCGGCUCAGCUCCAGUUGUUUCGGCUACGACACGAACUACCCGGACAGCAUGCGCUACGACGACCCGUAUCCUACGGGCGGAGGCGCCGACGGUGUUCCCUUCAUGUCGGUCACGUCUCCAUCGGCCUCGAAGAGCUUGAAAGCCAAUAGAAAGAACGGCGUGAAACUGGGGGCGCCCAAUAGUGAACAGGAACAGACUCCAGCGCCCGUUGUAGUACCGAGAUACACACGCGCACCGCCCAGUCCAUCCGAAGCUCGAGCCAGUGCCGGCUCUGGAGCUUCAGGCGAUACAUUGCAAGCUCGAAUUGACGCCUUGCGCUCAGCGGAUAGUAAUGACAUGGUACACUCCCGUACUAGUGCAUCGGAGGCGAGUAUCCAAAGGCCACGAACGCUGAAUGCGCAAGAGUCGUACGCUUCGGGCUCGGCACGUCGUGGGCUGAUGGUCGGUAGUUUGUUGUCUCCUAACUCGUCGGCGAUGCCUGCGUCGCCUCUGGAUUCCUUGGAAAGUGCUCGGAGCUACGAGACUUUCGACACUGAAGCGCUCGAAAGUGCCAAAUCCACGAAGCUUGGAGCCGUCCUCACAUACGGCUCGAGUCGGUCCAUUGGCAGCGACUUUUCUCACGGUCAAUUCGAAGACGCUGAGAGUUUUGGACCAAAUGAACGAAACUUGAAGACACCAAACGAAGGCAAGUCGAAGAGGCCAACUAGGGGGGACAACGUUUCGUUCAAUAGCCGCGGCUCUGUCGAGUUUUGA